AUGGGAGCUUGUCCAAUUCAUGCAAAAUUGCAGCGCCAUUGCUAUUCUCGAAUGAUGGUCGGAACCCUAAUGGCUCCUUCUGUCCAUCUCUCAGCAUCGACAAAUUUGUCGUCUCAAGGUGAAGGGCACGACGAGAUAGGCUUUGAGUUUCUCGGGAACUCGAGCGGUGAGCCUUAUACGGUGCACACGAAUGUGUACUCAAAGGGAAAAGGUGACAAGGAACAACAAUUCCAACUUUGGUUUGACCCAACUGCCGCAUUCCACACAUACCCGAUCGUCUGGAAUCCUCGGCGCACCAUAUUCUUGGUGGACAAUAGUCCCAUUCGAGUUUUCAACAACCACGAGUCAAAGUGGUGUGUCGUUCCCAAACACCAAGAGGAUGAGUGUACUGCAGUUGGGUCAAGACAGACUGGACAAAGGCUCUGA